AUGGCUCGCAGACUCUGCUUCUCCUACUGGCUGUUGGUCUGCUGGGUGGUGGUAACUGUGGCAGAAGGACAGAAAGAGGGAGUCACCCCUCCUGGAGGCUCACAAGAUAAUGGAGGUCCUACAGACUGCCAGAUCUUUACGCUCAGCCCUCCACCCCCCAGGAGGAAUCCAGUGACAAGGACCCAGCUCGUCACAAGGACACCUAAAUAUUUUCUCAGGGGAAGACUCUGGAGAGGAAGCUCAUCUGAGGAAAGCAGAUAG